AGUGUUUGACGAGAGCCGAAGGAGGCUGUGGGAGGUGUUGGCGGCGGCGGCGCGGGCGCCUGAGGAGGAGGAGGAGGAGGAGAAGCGGGUGAGGGGCGGCGCGGGGCCCGAUCUCUGAGCCCCUUCACGGCCCCAGCCCCGCGCCGCCUUGGCUCCCCAGUCGCCCCCUGCCCCGACUGCCCCCCACCCCGCCCGGCCCCUCCUCGUGUCCAGGCGCCCACGUCUCCCGGCCCCUCGCCGGGCCUCGGGCUCCGCGGCACUGCAGCCUCCUUCCUGUGCUUCCUCACCCGGGCCCUGACCCCCUUCUUAUGUCCACGGCCCUCCCUGCAUCCUCAGGGCCUCUCCCUGACCUCUUGUCACUCUCCAGGCCUCUCCCUGCACCCCCAGGCCUCCUCCUGCACCCCCCAGGGCCUUUCCCUGACCUCACCCUCCAGGCCUCUCCCUGCACCCCCAGGUCUCUCCCUGCACCCUCAGGGCCUCUCCCUGACCCCUCUCUCACCCCCGGGACCUCCCUGCACUCCCAGGGCCAAUCCCCGACCUCCUCUCACCCUCCAGGCCUCCUUCUGGACCCUCUAGGUCUUUCUGUGCCCUAGAACCUCUCCCUGACCCCUCUGUCCCUCUCCUGGCACUCCCUGGACCCUGAGGUCGGCCUCUGACCCUCCAGGUCCCUUGCCCUGGGCUCUCACCGCCUACCCAGGCGCCUCCCUGGGUCCCCAGGCCCUUCCCUAGGGUCUCCCUUUCCUGGAUCCCCCAGGACCCCACCAAGCCCCGUCUGGAUCCCUGGGCCCCUGUCCGCCCUCUCAGGCCUUUCACUCACUGGACACCCAGGAUCUUCUCCGCCAUCCCUGGACCGCCCCCCGACCCAGAUGAGAUCGUGGGGCUCACCAGCGUCCCCCAUGGCUUCUGAGUAGCGUGGGAGUGGAGUCAGCACCAAGCCAGGCUCCCCGCGCCUGCCUUGGCCUCACCUGCUCCUGCUCUCUGCCAGAGGCAGCAUGGUCCGCAGGGCACCAUGGGGCCCGACAGAGUGACAGCACGAGAACUGUGCGAGAACGACGACCUGGCCACCAGCCUCGUCCUGGACCCCUACCUCGGUUUCCGCACCCAUAAGAUGAACGUCAGCCCUGUGCCCCCCCUGCGGCGACAGCAGCACCUGCGCUCAGCGCUGGAAACUUUCCUGAGGCAGCGGGACCUGGAGGCUGCGUACCGGGCCCUGACGCUGGGAGGCUGGACGGCCCGCUACUUCCAGAGCCGGGGCCCGCGGCAGGAGGCUGCCCUCAAGACCCACGUCUAUCGCUACCUCCGUGCCUUCCUGCCGGAAAGUGGCUUUACCAUCCUGCCCUGCACGCGCUACUCCAUGGAGACCAACGGGGCCAAGAUCGUGUCCACUCGUGCUUGGAAAAAGAAUGAGAAGCUGGAGCUGCUGGUGGGCUGCAUUGCAGAGCUGCGGGAGGCAGAUGAGGGGCUGCUGAGGGCCGGUGAGAAUGACUUCAGCAUCAUGUACUCAACCCGCAAGCGGAGUGCUCAGCUGUGGCUGGGCCCAGCCGCCUUCAUCAACCAUGACUGCAAACCCAACUGCAAGUUUGUGCCUGCAGAUGGGAACGCAGCCUGCGUGAAGGUGCUCCGGGACAUUGAGCCUGGGGACGAGGUGACAUGCUUCUACGGCGAGGGCUUCUUCGGCGAGAAGAAUGAGCACUGUGAAUGCCACACCUGUGAGAGGAAAGGUGAAGGAGCUUUCCGAACCAGGCCUAGGGAGCCCACGUUGCCACCACGGCCCCUGGACAAGUACCAGCUGCGUGAGACCAAGCGGCGGCUGCAGCAAGGCCUGGACAGUGGCAGCCGACAGGGCCUGCUGGGCCCUCGGGCCUGCGUGCACCCAUCCCCGCUGCGCCGGGACCCAUUCUGCGCCGCCUGCCAGCCCCUGCGCCUGCCAGCCUGCAGCGCCCGCCCAGACACCUCACCCCUCUGGCUCCAGUGGCUGCCUCAGCCCCAGCCCCGAGUGCGGCCCCGGAAGCGCCGACGCCCCCGGCCCCGGAGGGCCCCAGUGCUCUCCACCCACCACGCUGCCCGCGUCUCCCUGCACCGAUGGGGAGGCUGUGGCCCCCACUGCCGCCUGCAAGGAGAGGCCCUGGUGGCCCUGGGCCAGCCCCCCCACGCCCGCUGGGCCCCUCAGCAGGACUGGCACUGGGCCCGGCGCUAUGGGCUGCCUUACGUGGUGCGUGUGGACCUUCGUCGCCUGGCCCCAGCCCCACCAGCCACCCCAGCCCCUGCUGGGACCCCAGGCCCCAUCCUGAUCCCGAAGCAGGCCCUCGCCUUUGCCCCCUUCUCCCCACCCAAGCGCCUACGGCUGGUGGUCAGCCACGGCUCCAUCGACCUGGAUGUCGGCGGUGGAGAGCUGUGACAGGCCGGACGGGGAGGCCCAGCAGGGAGAGAGGGUCUCUCUCCUAGCUGCUACCCAGGACCUCCAGAAGGAGCCCUUGGACCUCUGGAAGGGAGCUGACCCUUGACUCCAGCAUAGCUCUGACCCUGGAAUGGGGUUGGUUUGGACACCCCCAGGGAUCUGAGCCCUGACCCUUUGUGACUGCUGACCCCUGAGCCACCCCCACUCCCACAGGGAGCCCCGGCCAUUUGCUGCCCUCCCCACCCCUGCCCCAGCCUCAGGACUGCAGGAGCCAUCCGCCCCCCUCAGCCCCUUCCUCCCCAGGGAGCAAAGCCAUAAGGGGCAGGGGCCACCCCACGGCAUCUCCCCAGAAGUACAGGCCUCAGGAGGAGGUGGAACUGAUGUAGGGGGUGGCACUCCCCAGAGACUGCCCUCACGAGGGGACUGGGUUCGCUCUCAGCUCUGCAGCUGUCUGCGGUGGGGGGAAGGUUGGGGGGUGUCUGGAGGCAUGUUCCCCUCACCACCCCCCGUGGGUCUCAGGGAGGCCGGGUGUGACCUCAUCUUUCUCAUGGUGCUAUCCUGGUGCUAUUGGGGUGGGGAGCUCCCUCCCCUCCCCCACACCAGAAAGGGGUAUGUUGGGGGAUUGGAAGCACUUGAACUUUUUAUUUUAUUAAAACCUUGUUAUAAGCAGCA